AUGGGCCCUGCUGGUUUUGCCUUCCUACUGUUCCUACUGCUGGGAUCCUGCUCAUGUUCUCCCCAAAAGAAAGACCUGCAAACAGUGUGUGGACGACCUGUGUACCCCAGCCGCGUCGUGGGGGGCCAGAACAGCGCUGAGGGGCGCUGGCCGUGGCAGGUCAGCCUGUGCUACAGUGGGACCCACGUCUGCGGGGGCUCCCUCAUCAGUGAGCAGUGGGUGCUGACCGCAGCACACUGCAUACAAGGGAACUUCUUUACUUUCUUCUACUCUGUGAAGCUAGGACAGCUUGAAGUAAAUAGUUUAAAAGAAGGCAAGGUGUACAAAGUGUCCAAAAUCAUCACACACCCCAAGUUUAAUGAAACAACUGCAGACAUCGCCUUGUUGAAACUGUCCUCUAGAGUCACUUUCACGUCUCUCAUCUUGCCUAUUUGUUUGCCCAAUAACACAGAGCAGCUGGUGAUUCCAAGCUCUUGCUGGGUGACUGGAUGGGGAAAAAUGAAUCAAGCAGAUAAUGAUUACGCGACCAUCCUCCAGGAAGCAGAAGUACCUAUCAUUAACCAAAAGGCUUGUGAAGACCUCUAUAAUCCAUUAGCUUCUAUGCUGCCACAGUUGGAAGCCAUUAUCCAUGAUGACAUGAUUUGUGCUGGUAAAAACAUGAAGGAUAGUUGCAAGGGUGACUCUGGAGGACCUCUGUCAUGUCAUAUUAAUGGUGUAUGGAUGCAAAUAGGAGUGGUAAGCUGGGGGAUGGGUUGUGGUGUGUCUACUCCUGGAGUGUACACCAAUGUGACCUACUACCAAAAAUGGAUUAACACCACUGUCUCAAGAGCAGAGGCCCUGGGUGUCGAUCACCUGGACUUAACUGACUUCCUGUUCCCUGUUGUACUGCUAUGCCUGGCUCUCCUGGGAACCUUCUAA